UUAGGGAUUUCGCCUUCAACAAAGAUGGUGCUUAUGGUACAGGUUUCCUAACAGUCUGGAUUCCGGUUGUAGUUUUUUUUUUAAGCUACGUGUUUGCAGACGGGGAAAUGGAGGCCAGAGACAAGCAAGUGCUCCGCUCUCUCCGCCUGGAGCUGGGUGCAGAGGUACUGGUGGAGGGACUGGUUCUUCAGUACCUUUACCAGGAAGGAAUCUUGACAGAAAACCAUGUCCAAGAAAUCAAAGCUCAAGCCACAGGCCUCCGGAAAACAAUGCUGCUGCUGGAUAUCCUCCCCUCUAGGGGUCCAAAAGCAUUUGAUACCUUCCUAGAUUCCCUGCAGGAGUUUCCCUGGGUGAAGGAGAAGCUGGAGAAGGCAAGAGAAGAAGCUGUCAUUGAGCUGCCUGCAGGUGAUCGGACGCCUGGGCUCCCCUCACACAUCCUCAACAGCUCCCCGUCAGACAGGCAGAUCAACCAGCUGGCCCAGAGGCUGGGCCCCGAGUGGGAGCCUGUGGUGCUGUCACUGGGACUGUCCCAGACGGAUAUCUACCGCUGUAAGGCCAACCACCCCCACAACGUGCAGUCACAGGUGGUGGAGGCCUUCGUCCGCUGGCGGCAGCGCUUCGGGAAGCAGGCCACCUUCCUGAGCUUGCACAAGGGCCUGGAGGCCAUGGAGGUGGACCCCUCGGUGCUCCAGCACAUGCUGGAGUGAUGCCACCCCGUCAGCACUGGGGAGGGGCCCAAGUCACUCGUGCUGAAUCCUGACUCGCUCAGAGCAGGUGGAUUUUUGUUUUUUCUUUUCACUGAUCCUUAGAUGGAGAGAGAAAACAGUUUCUACUUGACUUUACUUAAAAAGCCAAAUUACUCAGCAGAUCUCCUACAUUGGUUCAACAAUUGAUUGUUUUUAAUUGCUUAAAGAUUGUGUUUUAAUUGUAGUUUUUAACUGUGCGGUUGUGUUUUAAUAGACCAGUAAAUCAUAGUGGUCAAAAAAAAAAAAACAACCACCAUGUUAUCACAUCACAUGCAGGUGUCCCACAUAUAAAACUCCACCCUCAUGUUGCCUGGAAACUGAACUGUGGACUUUGCUAUUCAUAAUGAUGAUGAUAAUAAACAGUGAAUUACUAUA